GUUUACCAAUCACUAAUUUCUGUCCUUGUGGUCACGCCAGCAACAUUGCUCGUAAUUUAUUUGUUCAAGUUAUCAAGAUAUUAUCCUGCAAAUAAAAACAAGCCAUUAUUUGAUAAACGAAGAAAAACGUCACGUGAUUUUAGAAUACCAUUCUUUGACACGUGGUUGGACAAGGAGAAAAAGCGGAAUAUAGAACUGGAAAGGAAAAUCAUCCAGAAAGGAUAUCCAGAAAUGAAGGGGUUCACCUUGCCAAAUCAGUGCAUAUACCUGGCAUGGUUUCUUCUUGUCUCAGCGACUCUUGUCUCGGCAUUUUAUGUAGUCUUGUACAGUAUGGAAUGGGGUAAACAAAAGUCAGAGGAAUGGGUUACCAUGCUGUUAUUGUCAAUCUUUCAAUCCAUCUUCUGCGUUGACCCAGUUAAAAUUUUGUUGAUGGCAGUUGUUUUUGCGAUGCUGUUCAGAAAGAUGUCAAGUCCCAGUACACUAAUAACUAGGAGCCAUGUCAUAAAGUACUUCUCUACGUCUUCUAGAAAGAAAUGUGACGCAACCCGUAUGACCGCAUCAAAUUUUAAUAGGACACAAUUAAAGGAAACACAAGUAAAGAACUCAGAAGAUAAGAAAUCUCUUAACAACCUUUAUGACUGCAUCUCUACAACAGUUUUAAUCUGGAUAUUAUUAAGCAUCAGCUAUUCAAGCAGGGACUCACGAUCAUACGAACUGUACCAAUACAUAGAGAAUACAUUUGUCAAACCAUCAGGCAUGGUGUCGUUUUCUAAGAUACAAACGUCUACAGACUUUUACACAUGGUUAAAUAAAACAGCAAUUAUGAAAUCAUUCCCGGAAACAAACAUAGAUAGUGGCAAUACACCGUUGCAUUGGAGGGAACGUCAACACAUUGAAGGGGGGCAUCUGUUUAGAGUCGGACCACCACGACUUAGACAACUCAGAAUAAGAAAAG